GUAGGGCAACUCGUUCCUCCCACUUUCCCGUCUUUCCUCUCUCUCUUUCCAAACCCCCCGCUAUAUAAAUUCUCUCUUCCGCCUCCUUCCCUCUCCAUCCCUCAGAACCUCACCCGGCAAAAACGCCAAAUUCCAGCACAAAUCUCGCCCGGUUCUUAUAUGUCUCAGAGACCCUCCGUCCCUCACUCCUCCUCCAUCGCCUGCGGCGUCCAUUCCCACCUCCUCGUCUCCAGUGAGAUGAACCCUAAUUCCAACUGGUCCUAGCACUUCAUUCCGUCCCGAGAAUCCACCCUUGAGAAACCCUCUUCCUUCCGAAAAACCCAUUCUUUGAUUUCUUUUUAGCUCUCAAAGGUAGAGACUUUUCUUGGUAGUUCUUGUCUCGUGGCAUUAUGGGUGUCAAGGGAUUCGUCGAAGGUGGUAUUGCCUCCAUCGUGGCUGGUUGCUCGACCCACCCGCUCGACCUCCUCAAGGUCCGGAUGCAGCUCCAGGGCGAGUCGCUCCCCGCCCCGGCCCCGGCCGCCGCCGCCCACGGCCUCCGCCCCGCCCUCGCCUUCCACUCCCCGGCCAUCUCCGCCGCCCACAUCCACGUCCCCCACGCGGCGGCGCCCCCUUUCUCCGUCGGGGCCCGCAUCGUCCGGGCCGAGGGCAUGGCCGCGCUCUUCUCCGGCGUCUCGGCGACCGUGCUGCGCCAGACCCUCUACUCAACCACCCGCAUGGGGCUGUACGACAUCCUCAAGAAGAAGUGGUCGGACCCCCGGACCAACACCCUGCCCCUGUCCCGCAAGAUCACCGCCGGGCUCGUGGCCGGGGCCAUCGGCGCCAUGGUCGGGAACCCGGCCGACGUGGCCAUGGUCCGGAUGCAGGCGGACGGGCGGCUCCCGGCGCACCAGCGCCGAAACUACCGGAGCGUGGUGGACGCCAUCGCGAGCAUGUCGAAGCAGGAGGGGGUGGCGAGCCUGUGGCGCGGGUCCAGCCUCACGGUGAACCGCGCCAUGGUGGUGACCGCGUCCCAGCUGGCGACCUACGACCAGGUCAAGGAGGCGAUCCUGGAGAGCGGCGCGAUGCGGGACGGGCUCGGGACCCACGUGGCGGCCAGCUUCGCGGCCGGGUUCGUGGCCGCGGUGGCGUCGAACCCGAUCGACGUGAUCAAGACCCGGGUGAUGAACAUGAAGGUGGAGCCGGGGCAGGCGCCGCCGUACGCCGGGGCGCUGGACUGCGCCGUGAAGACGAUCCGGGCGGAGGGGCCGAUGGCCCUGUACAAGGGCUUCAUCCCCACCAUCUCCAGGCAGGGCCCCUUCACCGUGGUGCUGUUCGUGACCCUCGAGCAAGUUCGGAAGAUCCUCAAGGACUUCUGAUUCGCCACCGUGACAGAUGAUGACGAUGACGACGACAAACAUUUUAUAUGACUAGUAGAGAAAUUUAUCGUGAUUUUAGUACGCUGUUCUUGUUCUUGUUCUUGCUGUACGGCCGAUUGAUCUCAAUACGAAAUCAAAUUGCUGUUUGCUUUA